AGUCUUUGUUUUGGCGUUGCUACUAGCGCCUGCUGUGAAACAACAGGAUCACACUGUGAUUGAUCUUCAGUCCUAGUGGAAAGGCGGCAAUCAAAAAUACUCUGUUUUUUUUAUUCGUUUUAUAGAGUCGUGCCAUCUCUAAGAAGAAGAACUGCAGUUGUGUCUUUGGGAUGUGCUGAAGGCAAUCAUCAGAUGACUUCAAACAAAGAGCGUCCCAGUUGCACACCGACACCGUGCGCACGGGGCAAACGGCCAAUGCAUCAAAGCACUCUGACUCUUGGCGAUCAGACUAAAGCCAUUUAUUCUACUACACAAGCAGAGUAUUUUUCUGGGAGAGGCCUCGAUGGUCAAGCGCUGGUCCUUCUGCCCCGAGAUCCAUGUCAUUCCUCUCAGUAUGAUGGAAAGCUGGAGCUCAGUCACAUCCCUGUGUCACGAGGAGGACAGACACACUCCAGAGAUGUACACGGCCCAAGGGACAUCAUACCACAUUACAUCCUGCACAGAGUGGGGUUACAGAACAGGACACAGAACAGGGAGGGGGUCGUGAUGAAAGAGGUCACCAACCCCGCCGAGGCCACACUGUACCAGACAACAUAUCAAACCGUGCACUGCACCACUUCCAAAAGAUAUCAAACAAAUGAAGCAUGUGGACAGCCAGUCCCCUGGCACAGGCAUAAUAUUAUCACAGGAGAGGAGAAGGCAGCAGCUGGGCCCGGGCCGGUCACAAGACAGUCUGGGGAGAGCAUUCUGUGGGAAGCUCGGCGUUGGGAGAUGAACAGGGACUCUUUUCAUUUAUACUAAACAUGGCAACAAUAAAUAACUAAUAAAAAGUACUCAAAAGGA